AUGGCAAAAAAAUAUGAGGGAGUUGCUAUAGGAAUUGACCUUGGCACAACUUACUCAUGUGUUGGAGUGUGGCAAGAACAAAACGAUCGUGUUGAAAUCAUUCACAAUGAUCAAGGAAACAAAACUACACCUUCUUGUGUUGCUUUCACUAGUUCUCAGAGAUUGAUUGGUGAUGCUGCCAAAAAUCAAGCUUCCUCUAACCCAACCAACACUGUCUUUGAUGCAAAGAGGUUGAUUGGAAGGAAAUAUAGUGAUUCUGCUGUUCAGAAUGAUAUUCUGUUGUGGCCCUUUAAGGUCAUUGCUGGGGCUAAUGACAAACCAACGAUCAUUGUGAACUACAAGGGUAAGGAAAAGCAUCUCGUUGCUGAAGAAAUAUCAGCUAUGAUUCUCACUCAGAUGCGAGAGAUUGCAGGGGCAUUUUUGGAGUCACCUGUUAAGAAUGCGGUGAUUACUGUACCUGCUUAUUUUAAUGAUUCACAACGAAGAGCCACCAAAGAUGCGGGUGAUAUUGCUGGUCUCAAUGUAAUGCGGAUAAUUAAUGAACCCACUGCUGCGGCUCUUGCAUAUGGCCUUCAAAAAAGAGCUAAUUGUGUUGAAGAGAGAAAUAUUUUCAUAUUUGAUCUUGGUGGUGGAACUUUUGAUGUGUCUCUCGUUACAAUUAAGAAUAAUAACUUUGAAGUCAAGGCCACUGCAGGAGACACUCACCUCGGAGGAGAGGACUUUGAUAAUCGGUUGGUGAAUCAUUUUGUGAAGGAGUUUAAGAGGAAGAAUAAACAUGACAUUAGUGGAAACGCAAAAGCUCUAAGGAAGCUUAAAACCGCAUGCGAAAAGGCAAAAAGGACACUUUCUUACGAUACUGAGGCAACAAUUGACAUAGACUCUAUAUUUAAGAGUAUUGACUUAUAUUCAUCGAUCACUCGAGCGAAGUUUGAGAAACUCAACCAAGACCUCUUUGAAAAGUGUAUGGAGACAGUUAAAAGUUGUCUUGCUGAUGCUAAGAUGGACAAGAGUAGUGUAGAUGAUGUUGUCCUUGUUGGUGGCUCUUCUAGGAUUCCCAAAGUGAAGCAGCUUUUGCAAGAAUUUUUCAAGGGGAAGGAAUUAUGCAAGAGCAUCAACCCUGAUGAGGCUGUUGCUUAUGGAGCAGCUAUUCAGGCUGCUUUGCUUAGCGACAGCAUUAAGAGUGUUCCAAACAUGAUUUUGCAAGAUGUUACACCAUUGUCACUUGGUGUAGAAAUAAAUGGAGAUCUUAUGGAUGUCGUGAUUCCUAGGAACACCUCCAUUCCUGUCAAAAAGACAAAUACAUAUUAUACAGUGAAAGAAGACCAAUGUAGUGUCGAUAUUAAGGUAUAUGAGGGUGAGAGAAUAAGAGCCAGUGAUAACAACUUGCUGGGUUUGUUUACUUUCUCUGUUCCUCCUGCUCCUAAGGGCCACAUUCCUAUCAAAGAAAGCUUUGCUAUAGAUUCUGAUGGUAUAUUAACUGUCUCUGCAGAGGAAGAGACCAGUGGUAAUAAGAAAAAUAUUACAAUUACUAAUGAAAAUGGAAGAAUGUCAAGGGAAGAAAUUGAGAAAAUGAUUCAAGAAGCUGAAUAUUUUAAGGCUCAAGACAUGAAGUUCAAGGAGAAAGUUAAAGCAAGAAAUGCAUUGGACGAUUAUCUUUACAAUGUAAGGAAAGUAAUGAAGGAUGAUUGUGUUAGUUCCAAGCUCGCCCCCGUAGACAAAGCGAAGAUCAAUUCUGCAAUGAUAAAGGGCAAAAGUUUGAUUGAUGACUACAAGAAUGAAGAGACUUAUAUGUUUGUUGACUUUUUGAAGGAGCUGGAAAGCAUCUUUGAAUCUGCUAUGAACAAGAUCAACAAAGGCUACUCUGAUGAGGAAAGUGAUUAA